AUGGGGAAAGAUAUGGCAUCCAGGAAACUUAAAAACAUGGGCUUCCCCUUCACUCUCAAUGUUCCUAGUGUUGGAUCUCCAGCCUAUAAACUAAGAGGUAAGCUUCUUAUUGCUAAAAAAGGUAUUAGAGAUUGGAACAAAUCCUCAUUUGGUAAUAUUCAAACUGAUAUAUCUACCAUUAGAAAAGAUUUGUUAGAGCUACAAAUUUCUGAUCCCACUAAUACUACUACUACUACUGCUAGACUUAAAACUAGAUUAGAGUACCUCUAUACCCUGGAGGAACUUUACUGGAAAGAUAAGUCUAGAGAAGUAUGGCUCAUUGAAGGUGAUAGAAACACACUUUACUUUCAUAGAGUCACUCUUUUCAGGAGAAAGAGGAAUGCUAUUAGCUGGAUCAAGAAUUCUUCCAAUGCUAUCCUAACUGAUAGAGAUAGUAUUGGGAAUUCUUUCUUAGAUUAUUUCAAAAAUCUUUACUCUUCUCAACCCCAACAAUUUCAGGAUGAAAUUUUAAAUGAUCUGCCUGUAAAAUUUUCUGCCGAGGAUAAUGACACUUUAAAUCUUCCCCUCACUGCUGAGGAAAUAAAAAAUGUUGUUUUUCAAAUGGGAGGAAAAAAGUCCCCAAGACCAGAUGGAUUCACAGACUUAUUUUAUCAAAAACAUUGGGAUAUUGUUGGUGAAGCUGUAUUGGGAUAUUAUUGGGAUAUUGUUGAUGUGACCCAAACCUGCUUCAGAACAUGGAAUAUAGCUAAAGUUUUCAAUCAUACCAAUAUAGCUCUUAUUCCUAAAGUUCCUCUAGCUGAGUUAGUCAGUCAAUAUAGACCUAUGGGAUUAUGUAAUUUCAUUUACAAAAUUCUUUCUAAAACUCUUCCUAAUAGGCUUAAACCUUUUAUGAAUAACAUCAUAUCCCAAAACCAAAGUGCCUUCAUACCUAAGAGGAGUAUCUCUGACAAUAUUCCCCUUGCUAAUGAAGCCAUAUAUUAUGUUAAUCAUAAUGACAAAGUUGAGGGCACUGCUGCCGUUAAACUUGAUAUGUCAAAAGCUUAUGAUAAAUUGGAGUGGUCUUUUCUAGAAAAAGUUUUGAGAAAAAUGGGGCUAGCUGAAAAUUGGAUUAAACUCAUAAACCAGUGUGUUUCUACUCUUUCUUAUUCUGUUCUCUUAAAUGGUAGUCCUACUGUUUUUUUUCAACCUGAGAGAGGCCUAAGGCAAGGGGAUCCUUUAUCCCCUUACCUAUACAUUAUCUGUGUUGAGGCCCUUUGUUCUUACAUAGAUAGUCUCCAAAGGAAUAAAACUCUUAAGGGUAUCAAAAUUUGUAAAAAUGCUCCAGAAAUGACUCAUCUCCUGUUUGUUGAUGACUCUCUUCUUUUCUCUUCUACUACUACUGAAAACUUUACUGUUAUAAAGGGAUAUCCUCAAAAGUAUUGCCUUGCUUCUGGGCAGGAAAUUAAUUUUGAUAAAUCUGGAAUUCUAUUUAGUAGGAAACUUCAUGAACAUAGGAAAGCCCUUUUGGCUAACAUUCUGGAUAUCCAAAGCAGAUAUUUAGGCGAAAAGUACCUUGGUACUCCUACUGUUUUCAAAGAUUCUAAAAUCCAAACCCAUAUGGGGGCUUUUAUAAUCCCAAAGUACCUUUGCAGACAGAUGGAUGCCCAUCUCUGCAAAUUCUGGUGGGGAGAAUCUCUUGACCCAAAAGAUAGGAAGCUCCAUCUUUUGGGUUGGGAUACUCUGUGCUCCCCUAAAUCUGAAGGUGGCUUGGGUUUUAGAAAAGCUGAGCUAAAUAAUCUUGCCAUGUUAGCUAGGAAUGCUUGGAAAAUUAUUGAAAACCCUGAUUGCAUGUUGGCUAAGAUUUUAAAAGUUAGAUACUUCCAUAGAACUGAUUUUCUGAAUGCUAAAUGCCCUGAUAAAUGCUCUUGGACCUGGAAAUGCCUUCAUGCUAUUAAGGAGUUGAUUAAACCCUUUGUUUCUUGGAUUGUUGGGGAUGAAAGUUUAUCGACCCUUGGUGUGAUAAAUGGAUUCCAAAUUUGGGAUCUGCUACUCCCAACCCUCUUACCCCUCAGGACCCUAACAUUAAAUUUUUGCAUAAGCACUUCUUUCUUUACUCAAAAAACUUUUCAGCAGUGGCUUAUGUUCUGGCUCCUGGAUCAAAACUCUAGAUUACCUGAUGAUGCUCAACAAAUCUUUGUUGCUAUCCUGUGGUCUCUCUGGACCAGUAGAAAUAACUUGGUCUUUCAAAACGUGUAUGAAAAUCAUAAUUCUGUCAUAGAAAGACCCAGGGCAAUGCUCCUCACUAGGAAAAACCUUUCUGUUGCUAUUUUCACAAAACCUAUAGCUUUAAAUCACAAAUGGAUGCCCCCUUUGGUUGGUUGGAUCAAAUGUAACACAGAUGGAGCCUUUGAUGACAUCUCUGGAGAUAAUGGUGCAGGUUAUGUGAUGAGAGGUUUUACUAGCAAAGCCUCUUUCUGUGCUGCUAUGGUUUUUGAAGUUUCGUCUGCAGAAGAAGCGGAAGCCAGGGCCAUCUGGGGAGUUCUUAAGAAAGCAGUGGAACAAAAGAUGACCCAUAUCAUCAUUGAAAGUGAUGCUAAGAAGCUGGUGGAACAAUUCUCUUUGGGUUCCUUUGAUGGAGAUUCUAGAACAAAUGCAAUUUUUAAAGACAUUCAGUUAUUUUCCUCUAAUCUAAUUGCUUGUAUCUUUAGUUUUCAACCUAAAAUUUGUAAUACCGUUGCUCAUGAGCUAGCUUAA